AAAAAAUAGAGUAUACAUUAAAUAAUAGAGUAAACAUGAACAAAGACACACACAGCAUGAAACACGCCCAAUAAACGACACCUCGAACAGCUGGGCUGGAAUGGAAUAAGUGACAAUUGUUUUGUUUCAAGAACAGGACCUCGGGACACGAUGGCGCUCUCCACCAAUGAAUUGUCUAAUUUACUGGGAAUAUUAUCUGAGGAAACCUUUUUUGUUAGUUUAGCGUGCACCUUGGAGCAGUUGGUUCAACAAAUAUACCAAAACUUCAAUAAACAGGAUUAUUUUAAAUUGGGAAGUGCUUUGGUGUUUCUUCUUCAACAACCAGACCUUUUACCAAGUCCAACUCAACGUUUGUCAGCUAUUACUAUUCUUCAUGAAUUGUACAGAGGAGAACCACCACCUAGCAAUCCAUUUUUACCAUUCUGGUUGAUUAUUCUCCUUUUUUGUAUAGACCACCCUCCAGAGAUGAUAGCAAAAGGAAUUGGGAAAAAAUUAGAAUUUGCUGGUCAGCUGCCCAGAAUCAGUCCAUCAGAAACCGUAUUUUUAUCAACCCUCAUCACAGACAAAAGUGGCAAGGAGUUACUGAAAAGAACAGCAGCUCAGAUCAUGAGUCUGGAUGUAUCGAAUCACCCUCCUGUGGACACAACUGCCCUCAAAAUGAGCUUAACGGAAGUCCUCGCUGAUCGUCCCUGCACAGCCAAAAGUGCUAUUCCCGUUGUUUAUUCCCAUCCGCAAGCGCUGCCUACACCCGGUUUGUUGAGUGAAAUUGGUCAAGUCAAGAGAACCUGUGAAGCUUUACUUAGUGGUCCAAAACCAACUUUAGCACAGCAAUACUUUACUCCUGAAAUCAUCAGACUAACACCCCCUUUACAUGUUGCUGAAGAUGAGCUGGUUUGGAUAACGUCUCUGGAUCGUGCAGAACAUAAAAUAACCUAUGACUCAAGUAUGUGUGUCCUUAGCGGAGGAGACGCGGAGGCAAAGAGACUGAUGGCCAAAGCUUUCAAGGAAACCUUGUCACUACCACAACAGCAGCACCUUUUGGCAGAGCUGGACAAAGACCCUCGAAUGGUUUACCAUACUGGGCUGACUCCGCCAAAGUUACCAGACCUAGUUGAGCACAACCCUUUAAUUGCCAUAGAAGUUCUCCUGAAGUUGAUGCAGUCGAGCCAGAUUACUGAAUACUUCAGUGUUUUGGUGAACAUGGAGAUGUCACUACAUUCCAUGGAAGUUGUCAAUAGGUUAACUACAGCUGUAGAACUCCCAUCAGAAUUCGUCCAUCUCUACAUAAGCAAUUGCAUUAGCACUUGUGAAACUAUAAAGGAUAGGUAUAUGCAAAACAGAUUGGUGAGGUUGGUCUGUGUUUUUCUUCAGUCACUAAUCAGGAACAAGAUUAUUAAUGUCCAGGAAUUGUUUAUUGAAGUACAGGCCUUUUGCAUUGAAUUUAGUCGCAUCCGGGAGGCAGCUGCUUUGUUCAGAUUGCUGAAACAGCUCGACUCUGGAGACAGUCCCACUACGCAAGAACCUGCGAAGAAAUGAAAACCCUCGCUCGACUUGUGUUGGACAAAGAACUGCAUAUUAUAGUUUCCCUCAAUUCCUUUCGUCAAGAGGAAACUUGGUACUGUACAUGUUGUCAUCGGGACUGGUUUGUGAGCACCCUAGGAAAGUCACUUGAGUAUACUACUGUAUUUGAUGCUGUGGAGAAAAGCCUGAAGGUGUUCAGUUACUUCCUUCAUUCAUUUUACUGUAUUUGCUUUUCCAAGAGCCAGAGCAAGAAGCAGCUAUUGAUUAGAAAUUCUAUUGAAUCAUUUUUAAUUUUGACACUGAAAUAGCUCAUUAAGUCAACUUUGGUGUAAGGGAAACAAAGAUAAUCUUAUGGUAUGAUGAUAUUUUUGCAUUUAAAAAUUUAAAAAAAAAUUAUUCUUAAGAAAUUACAAUUUUGCAACAUCAUAAAUGUCUGUUCUGGCCAAGAAUACAUUAGUAUGACUGGACCUUUUCAUUACCUCUUCCAUAGUUAAAGGAAGUUUUAUUUAUUUAUGGCUGAAUGCUUUAUAUUUAUGUGAUUUCAUUUUAUACUGAAUUUCCAUUGUAAUUACGUUUGUAGUCAUUUUCCAUUAAUCUUCCUGUCACUUGCUUUGAAUUUGAUUGACCUUUUAUACCAUCACUCAUUAACCAAAUAAUUUGACUAAGAUGUUUUUAUAAUAUGUUAGUUUUGAGAUGAAAAAUGUAUUAGAACAAUUUUAAAAAAUUUAUUAUGAAAUAACAGUACUCUUGAAAAGUACUUGUGUUUGACAUUUAUUUAAGUAAGCAUACCUGAAAAGUUGUUGCAUGAAAAAAGUCAUACAUGCGCAACUGACUGACCGACCACUGGUAGCCUAAGGAAGAAAUGGUACAUGCUUCAUUUUCUUGAAUGAUUUUCUAAGGUUUCUAGCGUUCCUGGUAGUUUAUUAAAAUGGAUAGUUCAUUGCCAGCGUCCAUAGUGUCAGUUAUGAUAAAGUUUGCAUCCUACAAGAGCUUUGUACUGUUAGGUUUUGCAUAUCACUGGAUGCUGGACAAUGGUACAGAUCUAUCAAGUAUGUACAGUUUUGGUGUGUAUGGAUAUUUCAGAAACAUUUACUGCAUGAAUUAAUAUUUUAUAAAUGUAUGACUUCAUUUUUAACUUUUGUGUCCUGUACAAUACUGAAAGCACUUUGAACGUAAGGGAAUACAAACAGGGGUAAUGUAAAAUGUCAUGUGUUAGAUGUGUAGCAAAUACAUUUGCAUAGUCAGCAUACAUAUUUUUACAGAAAAAUGUUGGCAGACGUAAAGGACGUAGAAGAGGUAGGCUCACAGACAUGCAGGAAAUUCCAGGGAGACCAAUUCUCAAGUGAAAUAGUGUGAUGCAGGCAGUUCCAAUUAUUUGCUCUGUAUUCAAAUGACAUUUCCUGACUUUCAGAGUCAUUUAUUUACUUUCUGAGUUUCUCUUCUGGAUAUUAAGCAAAUUACUACAUAAUGGAAGUACUUUUAAGUACUGUUAACAGAGGUUAGGAAGAAAAAUUUAGCUUUGUCAAGUCACUGUAAUUCUACAUUUACAGUGUAUAUUCUGAAGUAUGAUUAAUAGUGUACAAAGGAAUUACAUCUCUAUCAAUCUAGAAUAAAUUUUAUACCUUUCACCAUUCCCAUGCUUUUGGCAAAUAAGAGAUAUUACUAUGCUUUUGUUAAAAUGUAAAGAGAACUUGCUACCACAUACUCUCAUUGUGGAAGCAUAUCAUUAAGCAUAAUUUUUUUACCUUAAAUUUGGGCUCCUAAGUCAAACCCAAUAAGCCCAAAUUAAACAAAUCAAACCAGACAGGAAAUAGCUGUCAUCAACAUGUUUUAUUAUUAAUGCUUAUUCAUGAUUCAUUUUUAUUUUACACAUUCUUAAAUUCAUCCCAUUGAUAGGCAUUUGCAGUGGAAACAAAUACAAUUUUGUUUUCUCUCUAUUCUACCUUGUGAUUUGGCAAUAGGAAUAAUGGAACUGCUAUUUUCUAAAUCCUUUUAAAAAUAUUUUGAUAAUGGCCAACUCAGUAUUUCUAUAUCUGAGCUGUAUUCAAAAUGCAAAUGUCAUAUUGUUACAUUGUUGGUCAAAUGUCAUUUUGUCACAUUGUUGGUGUUAUACGAAUUUUGCCUUCUGCAGCUGUAUAAAUACACUCGUGUCUUUUAAGGGAAAUGACUAAUACUUUAGUAAUAUUUUUUUGACAUUUGAAGAAACACCUGUACAUGGUACAGUAUGUAUACAUAUAUAUUAACAUAAUUUGGAAUUAAGAUUAAUCCUGGGUAUUCUUUUUCACUGUGAUAAAGCUUAGGAAAUUUAAUCGUUUUCAGUUGUCACCAACAAAGUUUGUAAACAAAUGGGUGGUAAGCAUGUACAGUAAUAGAAUCUCAUUUGACCUAUGUACAGCAAAUAGGUCAAAUGAGAUCCUAUAAUGUCACAAUUGGAAAUAUGCAGUAGAGGGCAAAUUUUUGCUGACGGGUCAACUUGUUUACUCAGGGACCUUGGUCAGUGGACUGUUGUUGAUGAACUAUGGAACCUUGCUUUAUAGAUCUUGCUGCAAUAUUCUGCAUAUCUAGUUGUAAUGCUGUAUGACCUCGUUAACAUUAGUCUGAUGAGAUGAUAUAUACAUAUACAAAGUAUGUCAUUUUGUACUUGUAAUUUUCCUUGCAAAUUUCUGCGAUGCAUAAAAUAGUACAGUACCAAGUUUUAGUGUCAUCAGUAUGAUAUUCAUAAUUGGCUUAGUAUUCAAUGAUUACUAGAAAAUUCAACCUGGGCACAGAAACAAAUAUUUAAAUUGGGCAUUUCAGAUUCAAAGCAGUUUUGUAUUCUCAACAGUGGGAUUCCUAAACCAAUCUCCCAACACAACACAGUGGUUAGUCUGCUCUGUUCCAAUUCCUAAAUUCUUUUCAUUUCUUCAGUAUGUAUUUGUAUAAGUCGUUUUUAUUUGUCCUGAUGUCUUACAAGUCUUGUGCGAUACAACAUUUGCCAAAAGUAAAAGUGCCCUUACAUUUUUAUCAUUAGAACUAUAUAAUUUAUUUUUGUUUAUUCAAAACUUUCUGUAAAUGUCCCAUCUAGAAGGUUUUUCAUAACUGUUAGUUGAUAUGGUCAUUUUGGCACAGGGGAUGAAAUUGGCUUUUAUGGUUUAAAGUUAAUGAAACAUGCCAAGAGAAGUCUGAGCGAUUACAAAACUAAAGGAAGGAAGGGAUUUGACAUAUUUAAAUGCUAGUUUAUUCUGCCCUAGGCCAAAUAAGAAAAAUAUAUUUACACUACCCAGUUAAAAAAUUGGUAUUUGAAGGGUACUGUAGUUAUGUUGAAGGUACUGAAGUUAUGUUAAAAUUUUAGUUAAUGUACAAAAACUGCUUAUCUGUGUACAGUACAGCAAUAAGUUUUUAUAGACUGUAAUCCUGUAUCGUGAGUAAAAAAUUAAUUUUACAAGAACAAAUCAUUUAGGUCAUCCAACUAAUCCAAAACUAAAAUUUUCAUUUACGUGGUUUUGUUAUAAUACUGAAUAAUAGUAUAUACAUUUUAUAAUGAACACAAUGCUGAAAACAGAUUGGUGUUAAAAUGCACAGAAUUUACAAUGCAGAGAAACAAUUGCAAAUUGAAACGGCCAACCUUCCACAAGAAUGUGUGAGAAAAUCGGAAGUUUAAUCCCCUCUCUUGUUGGUAAAAACUUUUGUUCUUUAAGUUCACAACAGUUAUAGAUUUUAGUUGAGUCAACUCUUUAAAACAUUUGUAUAUACGACCCAUUUCAGAACGGCUAACGAAAAACUGUGACACGUUUUCCUCGGGAAUAGGUACUUUUGCUAGUGUCUGUCAUUAAAUUUCGGGUUUUAUAAUACGUGUGCCUAUGCUUAAAUUUAGUCUUAUGGAAAAUAACAUUGAUUGCAAGCUCCAGAAAUGUAAAUUUAAACAAUACUAGUAAAAUAUAGUUUUCUCAAAUGCAGCAUCUAACUGCCAGUAACUUUAGAGAAAAUUUCACAUUCAAGUUUUUGAAAUGCUGCCUUACUGCCAGUAAUUUUAGAGGGAAUGUAAGAUUUUAUGCCCAAGUAUGCAAGGUGAUUUAGAAAAAUGACAUGCAGCUCUAGUUUUUCUAUCUCUUUCGUAACAUAGUUUUAUACAAUGGUAGGAUAUACAUCCCAGAUACUGUUACUCGCUAUUCUGUAUUAUAAUUUCAUUCAUCUACAGGUAUUUUAGGAGAUGAUGCAAUGAAUUCAUGUGAACAUAUUAAUUUUCCAUAGUCUGUUUUUCUUGUGUAUUUAUUUUGUAAACUGUCUAGUCACUGCAGUUGCAAAACCGUGGAAGAUUAUUGUACGUCAACAAAAAAAGAAAAGAAAGUUAAAAAAGAGGAAUAUCACUAUAAAUGUAUCCAUGAUGGCUGUGCAGUUUUCAUAAUGAGCUAAAUUGUUAUUUGGAAAGGAUAUUGGGAAUACAUCUCCAUGUAGAUUUCAGAUCAUAUUCAUGUACAGUAUACAAGUUUGUUAGGUGCUAGGCUCAUCAGUUACUAUAUAAUGGAUUUAGGUGCUGAACUCCUAAUACUAUGUAUAUUGCAGUUGUGUAUGCUACAAAAUGUACUACAUUUAGAUGCUAAAGGAAAACAUUCAUAACCAUAACAAUUCAUAACUUUCAUACUUUAGUUCUUACAAAAAAAUAGGUGCCACAGUUAUGCAACGUAACCUAAAGUUCAUAUUGUAGUUGUUGGUGAAAUUGUUUUUCAUUUACAAUGCAGUUUAACAACAGACAAGUUUCACUAAAACAAUAACUUUGGUGUGCAUGAUGGAACGACUGAUUCUAAAAUGUAUUGAUAAUGGAGGUGUUGAUAUGAAAAGAGAGUGACUAUGCUGUGAUAAGUAAUUUAAGUUGGGUAAAUGUAUCGACAGUUUCAGGAGUACCUUUUGAUUCAUCGUGCGGAUCAUCAAUUUGGGAAAUUAGCUGUAAAUUACAUCAAAUAUAUUAUUUUAAACUUG